AUGGCAUUCAGCGACAGAGCCAAAAAGUACUGGAUCAUUCCUGAAGAGUGUCUUGAUCCAGAUGACCUCGUCCUUGGUAGCAUUCUCAAGUACCCAAACGAUCCGAUCGAUAUCCUAAAUCGAAAAGAGGUUGAGCCUAUUGACCCUUCAGCCAUCGUCAGUGAGCGAGAACAAGUCACAAAAGGCUUCAGUGAUGCUCUGGACACUGGAUUUGGCUCCAAGAUAGGAGCUUCCCCUGUUCUUGCUGCUGUACUAGGGGCUUCUCCAUUUGUCGAAGGCAACUGGAAGAAAGGCACAUCCUAUACCUUUGAGGCAACAAAGGUUCGAGCGCAACGUUUCAUACCAACGGCGGGUUAUGUAAAUAAGGCACUUCGCACACAGCAAGUCGAUGCCUUUGUUCGAAAUUCUUUCUUUAGUGCGCCUGUCUACAUGGUCGUUGGCACAGCUGUUGCAAGAACCUUAUCACGAACAGCAGAGAAGUCCCGUGGCCGAGGAGGCGGCGCCGGCAUGGGAAUAGGGCCUCCAGGCUUAGGUGUUGAAGUAUCUGCAGAAUUGACCGCAAAUCGAGACAAGGAGUCGACCUAUCAUGACUCGACUGAUGAAGAUGUCAUUCUGGCGUAUCGUCUCCGUCGCUUUCAGUAUUCGAAGAGAAAGGACGAAUUCAAGCGAAGGGACCAGGACGAGACCGAUCAUGCUCGCUACAGUCUAGAAGAGCAAUUGGGAUCUGAAGAGGAAGAAGAAGAGGAUGAUGCUUAUGUAGCUACAUUCUCCUAUUUUGAUGGGGAAGACGUUGACCCAUCAGAAACAGACAUGGCCGGGUUCGUCGAAGGUGUUGAUGAAGAAGAGGGCUCUGAUGUUUCGAGUGAAUGA